AUGAGACAGAGUCUCCACUUGGCCUUGCUGUGCCUGAGUCUCCUGGCCGGAAGGAUGCGUGUGCAGGGGAGCCGGCUCCCCAGGGAGGUCAGCAGAAGCGACAAGCUCUCCCUGCCCGGCUUCGAGAACCUCACUGUCGGAUAUAACAAGUUUCUCAGGCCCAAUUUUGGCGGAGAGCCCGUUCAGAUAGCCCUGACCCUGGACAUCGCUAGUAUUUACAGUAUUUCAGAGAGUAACAUGGACUACACAGCCACCAUCUACCUCAGACAGCGCUGGACGGACCAGCGGCUGGUGUUCGAAGGCAACAAGAGCGUCACUCUGGACGCACGCCUCGUGGAGUUCCUCUGGGUGCCAGACACUUACAUUGUGGAGUCCAAGAAGUCCUUCCUCCAUGAGGUCACCGUGGGAAACAGGCUCAUCCGCCUCUUCUCCAAUGGCACAGUCCUGUAUGCCCUCAGAAUCACGACGACUGUGGCAUGUAACAUGGACCUGUCUAAAUACCCCAUGGACACACAGACAUGCCAGUUGCAACUGGAAAGCUGGGGCUACGACGGCAGCGACGUGGAGUUCAGCUGGCUGCGCGGGAACGACUCUGUGCGGGGCCUGGAGAACCUGCGGCUGGCGCAGUACACCAUCCAGCGGUACUUCACCCUGGUCACCAGGUCGCAGCAGGAGACCGGAAACUACACGCGAUUGGUCCUGCAAUUUGAGCUCCGGAGGAAUGUCCUGUACUUCAUCUUGGAGACCUAUGUUCCUUCCACUUUCCUCGUGGUGCUGUCCUGGGUUUCGUUUUGGAUCUCCCUCGAUUCCGUUCCUGCAAGAACCUGCAUCGGAGUGACCACCGUAUUGUCAAUGACCACACUGAUGAUCGGGUCCCGCACUUCUCUUCCCAACACCAACUGCUUCAUAAAGGCCAUCGACGUGUACCUGGGGAUCUGCUUUAGCUUCGUGUUUGGGGCCCUCCUGGAAUACGCAGUCGCCCACUACAGCUCCUUACAGCAGAUGGCGGCCAAAGAUAGGGGGAUGCCGAAGGAGGUGGAAGAAGUCAAUAUUACUAACAUCAUCAACAGCUCCAUCUCCAGCUUUAAACGGAAGAUCAGCUUUGCCACCAUUGAAAUUUCUGGUGAUAACGUCGACUACAGCAACUUGACCAUGAAAACCAGUGACAAGUUCAAGUUUGUCUUCCGAGAUAAGAUGGGAAGGAUUGUUGAUUAUUUCACAAUUCAAAACCCCAGUAAUGUUGAUCGAUAUUCCAAACUACUGUUUCCUUUGGUUUUUAUGCUGGCCAAUGUAUUUUACUGGGCAUAUUAUAUGUAUUUUUAA